UGGCCGAGGUUGGGUCUUCCUGGCACCUCUCCCUCACUCUCUCCCUCACUCCCUCACUCACUACCAGCCGUCCACCACCGCGCGCUCCUCCUCUCCUCUCCUCUCCGCGCGCCGCUCCUCGUCUCCUUCGCCCGCGUCUCUUCAGCGUCUCCUUCUUCCCUUCUGCGCUAUUCUUGGCGGGACCCACUGAAGCCUGAGUGACAGAAGGACUUCGAACCCCGCCGCUCCCCUUCACGAGACCCCUUCAACCCCCUACCCCUUCACCCCCUGCACCCCCCUUCCCUUGACAUAUCCGGGCAGGGGUGGGUAUCCUUCUCCCCCUUCCCCCUUUACUCCCGUCCCUCCUGCACCUCCCGGAGAAAAACAGGAAGGCCCAGACUGAUAAAGGACGAAUCAAAGGGACAAGAAGGAGUGUCUGGCCAAGUGUAGGACUCUCAGGAUCCUUAGUGUGAGUCCUGUGAGGGAGCGAAACGCCACGUAUAGCCUCCCUUCCCUCCCUCCAUCCCUCCCUCAAUUUCUCAGGUGUGUGGGCGUGAUAGGUAAAGGACGCACGCACGCACACACGCACACACGCUCUCACUUUUUCACGCUUUGCCACGCCUUCAAGGACACUCCCGAGACCCCAAGAGGACCCGCCCAGGACCUUUAGGAUUCACCCACGUCCAAGGAGUACGAAGUCCUUUGAGACCCGCCCAUAUCCUAGCGGGACUCCCCUAUACGCUGCAGGAGUCCAAUUUACUGUCCUCACUCAGUAGCAGGACACACCAGCACCACCACCGUCAACACCACCAUCAUCACCUCCAGUCACCAUCAUCAUCACCACCAGCGUCAGCCAUGAAUACCCUCUGCUUGGUCGUGGUGGGAAUCGUCCUGGGUGUCGUGGGUGUGGGCGUGGAGGGGUACAGCCGCACGCCCACUCAGUACCACAUCCAAACUGACGAAGGACCCGACAGAUACUUCAGGUUCCAGACGUACACGGGCCAGUACCGGAAGGAAAAACGGCUGGACGACGGCACAGUGUUCGGAACCUACGGCUGGGUGGACGCCACGGGUCUGCUGCGGCUCUACGACUACAUCGCGGACAAGGCCGGCUACCGCAUCGUCAGGACCCGGCAGCUCAUGGUACCCAAGGUUGACCCCGCGGCGUACCAGCACCUCGCGGACCGCCAGCCCUGGAACCCGAAUUACCGACCCAAGGGACAGCAACAGACGCAGCAGACAAACCAGAUUCAGCAGCCAAGUCAGCCAGUCCAGCAACAACAGCGACCGUGGCAGCAGACUCAGCAGAGGCCAUGGCAGACUCAGCACCAGAAACAGCAGCAGCAGAGGCCGUGGCAGCAGACCCAGCAACCGACAACAACCACCACGACGCCUAGCCAAUCCACGACAGGUAGCGCCGUUCAGCCCCACGACCCGGCGGACACCAGCGACCUGCCCGCCGGAGGUUCCUUCUCCAUCAACUACGACCUGGGCAAUCAGUUCCACGUGGAGAAGAUCUUCGCGGACGGCAGGAAGGUCGGCAGGCACGGCUACGUGGACCCGCUCGGCAUCCUGCGGGUGUCGCACUACACGGCGGGCCCCGAGGGGCUCGUCCAGCGCCAGGAGAGUCGGUGGGUCGGCACCCGGGACCCCUACACCUCAUAGGCCGCCCCGCCGCCUCCUGCAGGACUGUGGCGCCGCUACAGAAGUCGUCGUGCAGGAGCGCCAAGGCCAGGAGUGUAGCGGCGAGCGUUUGAAACACUGCCCAAAGCAACCAACCCGCACCUCAUACACCCUUGACGGGCAUUCCCCGGCCUCGCCCGGGUGCAGUGACUAACUCCGCUAAACCAUUAACGCUGACGCUGCAGCAGUGACGCGCGCGACGGACGCUGUGCCGGACAACAAGCCCCGCGGGGCGGCUGUGCUGCCGGGCCCGCGGCAUGUCCUGCCCGGCGUGUGCAGCGGCCUGGGCGCGGCACUAACACCGCUCACCACUAACACGCAGCCACUCAUGACACAGCGCAACACUCUCAGAAAAGACAUAAUGUGCCAAGUUACUUCCUCUGUCGAGUUGAAUGUCUUCUCUAGAGAUCACGUUACUUUCUUUACAGUAGUCUGGGCUUCUUCAUUGCCGUUGGGCAAUUCUCAAAGAAAACUGUUGCAACGUAAACUCUUAUAAUGCAGAGCAACAUGGCGUCGCUGGACAAUGAACACACAGCGGGUUGUGGCAUAUGUGACCCCACACCUGCAGCCACACACCUGUUGGGUGCUUAUUAAGAGCGUGGCCAGAAUAUGUCCAGAAGAAUAUUUUUCGUUUCGUAUUUGAAUAUACCGAAUGUAUGAAGUGUUUAUGUGUGGGAUUGUAUGUAGGCAUAUAUAUAUAUAUAUAUAUAUAUAUAUAUAUAUAUAUAUAUAUAUAUAUAUAUAUAUAUAUAUAUAUAUAUAUAUAUAUAUAUAUAUAUAUCCCGGUGAUGAUUUACUUCCCGUGAGGCUGUCAUUAGUUGUGAUGGCAAGCAAUAUCGUGUAAUUUAUAUCGGAUGAAAUCCCGAGUGUUGUCAGCAAUCCUAGUUUGUAGCGUCAGUCCAACUGAAGGAGAAACGUUCGUGCGUAGUACACACAGACCACGCCGAGGCGCCGCCCGCCUGGCCACGCGCGGGGCGGCACACACGCGGGGCCGGGGCCUUCGGGCCACUGGGCUGUCAUGGGCCAGCAGGCCUUCAAGUACAGACGGCGACCCAGCACUGGAUCAGGAGAGAACUUUGCUGACUGGGUCUCGGAUUUGAUGCGCGGCCCUGUAAUGCUGUGAGUCUCCCCCUGCCUGGCCCAGGCGGCGCCGACGUGACGUACACCCCGCCGGGACACUGUAGUGCACACACACACACACACACACACACACACACACACACACACACACACACACACACACACGAGGCUAAAAAUAAUGACAGCUAUACGUAUUUAUUUUUUUCAAGACUACUAACCAAAAAUUUAUUUUGUUGAAGUUCUUAGUUUUCUCAUCUUUGUCUCUUUUAUUGGUCUGUUCUAGUAAUUACUAGCUUCCUCGAUUCCCAUUAGCAAACAAGGAACGGCCUCCCACUGAUAUUCUCUUUAUACCGGUCUGUCUUGGUGCUUUGUUCAGGUUCCCUUAUUUAAUUUCUUCCUGUGCCCAUUAGUGAACAAUGUAGCUGAAUACCUUCCAUGGGUCUGUACAGCAUGCAACACCUGUCCCUGUAGGGGGCCAUUCCGUUCCGUGCUGUUGAAGGCUUGCAGUGCCCUUGAAGGCGCCCCUUGCCUGGAUACCUGCACGCAGCCUUACAGCCUUAUAGCCUGCAUGACCCGACGCAAACACUCACAACAACAUGCAGCAUCACGUACCGUGCUGUUGGACACUGUACACAGGUACACACAAAUAGGUACACAUUAUUAUCAGUGUCUACAGAAUAGUCUGAGUCUUUCCAAAAAGAUAACGUAUAGUAAUAAGAGGUCUUUGAGCGUCCUUGAGAGCCAGGCUGUUGACGCCCGAGUGUGCAGCGGGGCGCCGCCUCGUCCCUGCCGCGGCCCUUCAGCUUCGGCCAUUCUUUGCGGGGCCGCAGUGCUCCCUAACAGUUCGGUGAUCACCUGUACAUAAAAUGCUAAUAAUUAAUUCUAAAGUAAGUCUAAUGCUGCUGCUUCAGCCGUGCUCAGGAGGCUUCCUGGCCGUCCAGCGCUGAUGAGAGCCGAUGACACUUAUGUUAUUGUCAGUGAUUCUAUAACUUCAUUUAAACGUUGAAUAAUCUUGUAGCGCGUCGACUUUAAUCAAAGAAUGGUUCACUUUUUCUCUCGGUGGCCAGCCAGUUGUCAGUAAAGUUCCACAUGAUCAAUAUUUUCCCUCAUCAGGCCAUAAAGGUCUUGAUGCCAAGAUUUUGUGAUGUAAAUGGUUUACAGUUUCAUUUGUGUUAGGUUUACCCAGAGAUACUGCCUUUCGUGGCUUACCAGGUGGCAACAAGAAAAGCCUCCAGACAUCACCCCGCCAGCAAAGCCUUAGUGGGGCUGUCGUCCAGGCCUCUACACCCACGUAAUCGGCUCUCGACCACGCGAAGGACAGCAGCGAAGUCUCUCCAGUGCACGAGGGUGGCCGCGAGAGCCCCGUCGCCCGAGUGCCUUUGUCCCCCGCGGCCUGGUGGAUGAUCUGCCUUGCCUGGGGGGGGCGCGGCACUGCCCGGCGGGGGGGCGGCUCGGCCAGGCGUGUCCACCACUAACUGUGAUAAUUGUUCUUCCCAACAUUAAACUUGUACAAAAGGAGGAUGGAUUAAAAGUGACCAAGACCUUUGA